CAAUACACAUGGGUAGUCAACUGAUACACUACAAGAAUAAUAUCAAGCACAGAGACAUGUAUUCAUUCUGCCAGACGCUCAUUCAUUUUCUGUCCAUAUGCAUGGGUAGUCAAGCCGUGCUCUAGUGUGUCAACAAUCCGGGCUGCUAUCAGAGGUACACACCUGCUAUUGGUCAUCCAUGCAGCACAAGUGAUGGCGGAACCUCCACACCCCAGUUUCUGGCUGCACUGCCAGCCACUACUGCUGUCAGGACCACUCACGU